AUGGCACCACCACCCUCUGCAACCCACAGCAUGAACUCUGAAUCCCACACCUCCACCCACCAACGCUCCGAGCUCUCCAAAAUGACCAAUCUACCACCCUCCCUAGAGCAAGCACUCUCCCACCUAGACCAGCAGUUCUGGAUCUCAUGCCCCAAACUCAAGGAAAUCGUCCACCGCUUCCGCGAAGAGCUGGAACAAGGCCUCGCCCGCGACGGGCAAAACAUACCCAUGAACAUAAGCUGGGUGCACGCCCUACCCAGCGGCCGGGAAAAGGGAACGAUACUAACCCUCGACCUCGGCGGCACCAAUCUACGCGUAUGUAAAGUGACGUUACUCGGCGACUCCGACGAGCAACAAGGAAGCGACACGCAAAAAAGCGUCUUGGAGCAGGAACAAUACAAACUCCCUGCGUCCUUGAAAACAGGGUCCGCAGAGAACCUAUGGACAUUUAUCGCAAAAAAAGUAGCUGCGUUUAUAAAAUCCAGAGGACUGGAUAAACAGUAUAACAUGCAGAAACGCAUGCCUCUUGGCUUCACUUUCUCGUACCCAGCGACACAGCACCGUAUCGACCAUGCUAUCCUGCAGACGUGGACGAAAGGGUUUGAUAUCCAAGGGGUGGAAGGACAAGAUGUCGCGGCGCAACUACGGGAGAAACUUGCAGAGAAGGAACUACCAGUCCAGCUCAUCUGUGUUAUCAACGAUACUGUCGGCGCAAUGGUGGCGUCGGCGUAUAACGACCCAGAUACCAUUGUUGGCGCCAUCUUCGGUACAGGGUGUAAUGCUGCGUACCUCGCCCACGUGUCUAGUAUCGGGAAACUGGAUCCAAACGAUGAGCGCAUCACAGCUGCGUCGGCGCAUAACGGCGCGAGCAAAGGGGAGGAGAUGAUGGCGGUGAACUGCGAAUACGGUGCGUUCGAUAAUGCGCAUCGCGUGCUACCACGUACCCCGUACGACGAGCGCAUCGACGCCGAGAGUCCGCGGCCAGGCGAACAGACGUUUGAGAAGCUAUCCGCGGGACUGUAUCUAGGCGAGAUAUUCCGGCUUGUGCUUGUUGAUUUGGUGGAUAAGGGGCUGGUGUUGCAGGCACAGAGUGAAGACGACGGGUUGAAGAAGCUGUAUACGGCGUAUACGAUUGAUACCUCGUUUCUCUCGCAGAUUGAAGACGACCAGUCGCCUUUGUUUGCGGAUACACGCGAGCUUUUUGCAAAGACACUAGCGCUCGAGCCUUCAGAUGUGGAUUUGGAGGUUUCGCGUAGGAUCGCUGAGAUGGUUGCUUUCAAGAAGAGGUGGGCGAGGGCGUUGGGCGAAGUGUUAGAUUGGGAGGAUGGGGAUGGGGAAAAGGGUCCGAUUCGCAUUACGAGUGCGGAAGAUGGGAGCGGUGUUGGUUGUGCGAUUAUUGCGGCCAUGGAGUUGGAGAGGAGGGGGGAGAUGUAG